GCACUCCACAUGAAAUAACCAAACUUUUUUCAGAAUUAAACAGUUCUGUUUUCAUGUUUAUUAAUUGUUUUUCUAUUUUUUUCACUAUCAACAAGUUAUACUGAAAAAUAAUUUCAAUACCUUCUUUUUAAUCCGUUCUUUUCUCAAUAUCCACAUUUAAUUGAUAUUGUUUCUCCUGUUUUUAUUUUUGUCUGAUAAUAAUGGAUGCAGAAUCUAAUUUAUAUAGAAAUUUAGGAGAAAUACCGAAGGAAAGUGAUGACAUUGUACAUGCCUUGAAAGAAAUCUUGAAGUUUGUACAAUUGGGAGCAAGAUUUGAUCUCAAAUGUGCAUCUUUGGAAACUGUCUUGGCUUUGUCUGGAGCCGAGGCUGGUUGUAGAGCAAUACUUUCUGUUCAAGAACUCAUUAUAAAUAUUCUAUGCCUUCUACAAGAUAACAGUGACAAAAUAACUAAAGAUGCAGCUUGUACCCUGAUAAAUUUAUCUGCUGAUAAGUAUGGCCCUCGAGCAUUACUGAAUGUUGAUUCAGAUUUCUGUCCCCCUCUUCAAACUACACCUAAAUCUAUAGUAGAAAUAUGCUUCAAACAAAUAUUCGACAGAAAUAGUGGAAUAGCAGAUCAGUGUUGUAUGAUUCUAGUUAAUCUAAGUAGUGAUGAAGAUGGAGUCACACAAAUUUUUGAAAUAUUGAAGAACAGUGAAUUUAAAAUUGAGGAUAUAGUUAAUAUAUUCACAAAAACACAAUACAACCUGAAAGAAGCAAAUUUAAAUUAUUUAGGUCCAUGGUUGAGCAAUAUGACACAAGAAAAAAGGGUGCGAAAUAUUUUUUUUGAAUCGGUUAGCAUUGUAACUAAUCUUGCAGCAUAUACUCAGUACAAUAAAUCUCUUGUAAGAAGAGGAGGGAUUGUUGGUGUUCUGAGAAAUUUAUGUUUUGAUGUUGAGCACAAUGACUGGCUAACUUUUGAAGCAGAUAUUUUGCCUAGUCUUUUAUUACCACUUGCUGGUAAUGAGGAAUUUGAUGAUGAAGAUAAUGAAAAUUUGCCAAGCGAAUUGCAAUAUUUACCGGAUGACAAACAAAGAGAAACAGAUCCCGAUAUUAGGAGAAUGUUGGUAGAAGCCAUAACUCUUCUAUGUACUUUGAAAAAGAAUAGGGAAUAUAUUAGGAACAAAAAUACUUAUAUUAUCAUGAGAGAGUUGCAUAAGUGGGAAAAGGACGAAAGUGUAAUAGGUGCUGUUGAAAACUUGGUUGAUAUACUAAUAAGAACUGAAGAAGAGAUUGGAAAGGAAAACUUGAGAGAUGUUGAUAUUCCUCAAGAUUUGGAAGAAAAAUUCAGGAAGAUGGUCGCAAAUAAUGAUGAAUAAAAUAAAAUGAAUAAACUUUUCAUUGACUA